GAACUCAGUGUACACCGAUCUUCCGCGUUGGGUUGAGCAUGAUCAUGUGAUAAACUAGCUCAACUGCUAUUCUCUGUUUCAAUUUUAAGUGGCUUGCUUCAGAAAGGAUUAGUGCCCACCAUGACAAGGCCUCUACAUCUCAUCCUCGGGGCGUUAGCCUUGAUGUUUGAUGUCCUUGGUCCUGUACAUGCAGGGCCUGUGCACGAGCCUGGCAACGGGACUUUGCCUCUGGUUUUGUGGCACGGGAUGGGAGACAGCUGCUGUAACCCUCUCAGCAUGGGAGCUAUCAAGAAGAUGAUUGAGGAGGACAUCCCUGGGAUUGAUGUCCAGUCUUUAAUGAUUGGAAACAACGUUAUACAGGACACAGAGAAUGGUUUCUUUCUGGACGUGAAUACACAGGUUUCCAUGGUGUGCAGCCAACUGGCCCAGGAUCCCAGGCUGAAGGAUGGCUAUAAUGCCAUGGGUUUCUCCCAGGGGGGGCAGUUUCUGAGGGCAGUUGCACAGCGCUGUCCUUCUCCUCCAAUGAAAACACUAAUAUCUGUUGGCGGACAGCACCAAGGUGUGUAUGGAUUACCCAGGUGUCCUGGCGAGAGCUCCCACAUCUGUGACUGGAUACGUAAGGAACUUAACUCAGGGGCAUACACUGAUCUCGUGCAAAAACACUUGGUGCAGGCUCAGUAUUGGCAUGACCCUCUGAACGACGACCUAUACAAAAAACACAGCCUCUUCCUGGCCGACAUCAAUCAAGAAAGGGUUGUAAACGAGACCUACAAGAAGAACCUACAAUUGCUGGAUAAGUUUGUGUUGGUCAAAUUUCUGCAGGACACUGUUGUAGAUCCAGUCGACACUGAGUGGUUUGGAUUCCUGAAAACUGGCCAGGCAAAGGAGACUGAGACCCUUCAAGAGAGUGUGCUUUACAAAGAGGACCGACUGGGGUUGGCAGCCAUGGACCAGGCAGGGAAGCUGGUCUUCUUGGCCUCAGAAGGAGACCACCUUCAGUUCACCAGGGAGUGGUUCAACACCAAACUGCUGCCUUACCUGCGCUAGUCAGCCUGCAGCAUACCCAUAACACAGCCCCUAAAAUUACACUUUUCAGUGGGCUAGUAGGAUAGUUCAGCGAUGUUACAAAGCAAUUGUACUAGUAAUGGAACUCAGAUCAGUUGAGUUUGCAACAUUCCAGUAUGGAAGGGCCCUGUGCAAUCCUGACUCACCCUCAGCCUGUCUUCUGGGGUACCUUCGCUUGAUGUUGACAAAGUUAUAGGCCUACUGCUGUUCUAAUGCACUGAUGCUUCCUGUCAUGGCCAUAUUUGACUCCUGGUAUGUAACAUAUGACCUUUAAUGACUUUAGAACCUUGUAUGACCUGAGUCAAAACAACAAUAUUAAACAGGUAUAUUUUACUUUCUUUUAUUUUGAGUUGACAGCUAUAUGAAGCAAUGUUAACUAUGCAAGAUGGUUAGUUGUGUGCUGUAUUUUUGAAUAAAAUGAAUUACAAAAAAUGUGAA